UGCUCGACUGCUUUUUCUUCCUGGCUGUUGGCUGUGAUCCUUCCAAGCAAUGGGACUAACAGUUUUCUCCGGGCACUGAGUGCUGAACUGGGGCAGACAGCGCUUUCCUUCUCUCUGGAAGAAAACAAGCCGUGAGGAUAAUUAAGGAUGUGCUGCCCAGAUGUGUCUCCCGCCUCCACUUUUCUCGUAGCACUGAUGUGCUUGACAGCUUUCGGCAACUUUGUUAAGACUUCUGCAGACUUCUCAGGUUACAUAUCACAAGUACUAAAGAAUUACACUGACCAUGCCUGUGAUGGAGAAUAUGUCUCCCUGAGAUGCCCUCACAGAACCACCAUCAGCAUCCAGUCUUCUUUCUAUGGCAGAAUUGUACCAAGUCACCAGAUGUGUCCUUCUCGCUCUCCCCGCUCCCACGCGACUUUAAUUAAGGAAGAUGUUGCCUGUUCCGUUGGCACUUCACUUCAGAAGAUGCUGGAUGAGUGCCAGGACAGACGGAGCUGCCGGUUCCUUGUCAGCAGCCGGCUGUUUGGCGUAGAUCCGUGCCCUGAAACAGCCAAAUACCUCCUCGUGUGGUAUAAGUGCAGGCCAAAUGAGUACAAGAGUAAAGUAGCCUGUGAAGAUGACAAGCUGCGGCUAAGCUGUAAGAAGAGCAUGGUGAUAGCCAUUUAUUCUGCUAUCUUUGGAAGGACACGGGGAGGCAGCCUGGAGUGCCCGUACCAAAACCUAGGGAUGCACAUGAUUGACUGCAAGUCAGCUACUGCUCUCCAACUCAUGAUCAAGCGCUGCCAUGGGAAAAGAAGUUGUAGCAUAUAUGCCAGCACCUAUGAAUUUGGAGAUCCUUGUUAUCCCGGCAUCCAAAAGCAUCUGAAUGUCAUCUAUACCUGUGUUCCCAGGAAGCUUCUGCAUGAAACCCAGCCAAGGCCAAUCAAUUACCAAGGAUUUCAGAAGCCACAUUUUCCACUGCUACCAAGGCUGUUUGAUGCCGAUGUUAUAGGAGACGGCGUGUUCCUUUCUGAUGUCUCUCCUCCCGGUGUAGGACGUGCCCUCCCAGCAGAGAAGAAGAAAGGGAGGUCGGCCACCUUCUACCCUCUAGACAACACCUCCUUCCUGCUUCCUGUGGAUGAGACACAGCCACCAGCGUUCGCCAGCAGCAUGGAGCCCGUGGGUGUCAGCACAGAGAUGGCACUGCUCAGCAACAUCCUAGCAGCGUACGCCUUCAUCACAGAAAACCCCGAGCGCGCGGCUCUGUAUUUUGUCUCCGGGGUGUGCAUUGGACUCGUCCUGACCCUGCUGGCCCUGGUGCUGAGGGUGUCCUGCCGCACAGACUGCAAACGUUCCUCCACCAAAAAACCUCCCCGGGAGAGCGACAGCGACAGCAGCGACAGCGAUGGGGACUCGGACAGCACGUCGGACGUGUCGGCCCGCAGGCACCGCAGGUUCGAGAGGACUUUGAACAUGAACGUCUUCACUUCGGCAGAGGAGCUGGAGAGAGCGCAGCGGCUGGAGGAGCGGGAGCGCAUCAUCCGCGAGAUCUGGAUGAACGGCCAGCCCGACAUCCCCGGCACCAGGAGCCUCAACCGCUACUACUGAGAGCCGGGCGCCCGGCGUCCCGCUGCGCCACGGGGCUCCUCCAGCCUUGCCGGGCAGCAGGGAGGUGCUGAGGAAUGCCGUGGGGGUGCUUCCUCUUCUCCUUCCAGGAGUGCUGUGCGAUGGACAGCAGUAAAGCUUUCGCUGUCUCCUUUUCCCUGACGUAUGACUAUCAGCCCCUUCGUGGACACCUUCUGGUCACAUCAGAGGUGGCGACCAUCUUCGUUUCUGAGUGGCUGGCACAGAGCUGACAGUGUGAGUCCCCUGUGUGGAGCACGGAGCUUGGCACGCCGUAGUACGUGUUGCCACUUGUGGGGGGAGCAAAGUCAUCCAGGUUUUGGUUUUCAUUUAGGAAUGUUGGGCUUCCCUUUCCUGUGGACUCUGGGAGAACUGUGAACAAAGCUACAGCUCUGGAAAGAUGACUGGGGAGGGCUGGGGGGGACAUCCUGAUGGACUGUCUUGUGACUUCAGAAGCCAUGAGAUAAACCCCAUUAAAAACCAAUGGCAAAUAUGAGUUGUGAAGAACUGGGGGGUGAGGGGAGUGUUCUUCCAUCAUGAAAUCAUCUCGGUGCUUGGAUGUUUGCCAUAGUGUAUUCAGUUAUUUAUGGCUGUCUUUCUUUCAUACUCCUUUUCAAUGGGAACAUUGUUUUUUUAACCAACACCUCAGGGAUAAAAUCCUUUUUUUUUUUUUUUUUUUUUUUUUUUGGAGUCUGUUCUCCCUGCUGGUCCCUGUCAAAUACAACCCAACUCACCUCCAACAGUGAAAUUAUGGUAAUAUAGGAGAUGUGUCAGUGAUUGGUGAGAUGUUAACAACCUCAAAGAGGUUGAAAAGGCUUUUCUUUUUGUUUUGUUUUAAAUAUAUAUAUAUAUAUAUGAAGAUGCUGCACAGGAGUGUGCCUUACUCUUUUUUUGUUGUUAAACUGAGGUUUUCCUAUGGAUAGCAAUGCACAAUGUUUUAUAUAUUUUAUUAAUAAAAAUGAAAAAGGAAAAGGUCUAUGUUUACUAGAAGAAAAUUGAGACAAAAGAAGCCACAUAUAACAACAGA